CGGCUGCGGGACGUGCGGGAGAGGCUGCAGGCGUGGGAGCGUGCGUUUCGGCGGCAGCACGGACGGCGGCCAGGCCAGGAGGACGUAGACGCGGCGCCGGAGGAGACCCGCGCACUCUACCGGGAGUACGGUGCCCUGAAGGAGACCCUGGGCCAGGCCGGCGGCGUCGGGCCUCGCGAUUUGGAGCAGUCGCUUCCCGCGGCAGCCGAGGAGGUGCCGGCGCCCAGCUGCUGGGGGUCCCACUUGAAUCGGGCUGCGACCCAGAGUCUCCGGCCUACAUGGAAGCCGAGCUCUCAGGGGUCUGUGCAGGACUAUGGGAAGAGGCUUAAGGCCAACCUAAAGUACAGUCUGCAGGUGAGGGGUAAGGGCCAGGCAGGCAGUGCAUCAGGCUGGGUCCAGACGUGCUCUUGGCUAAGGGGCAGAAUCACUAGACACCCAUCCCUGUCAACUCCUCCACGUGGACUCAUGUGUUCACAGAUGCACACACACAGCUGCAUUCUUAACGAGGGCAGGACUCCUCAGGAGAGGCCAGAACGGCUCCAGCAGCUGCAGGCAUCCCUGAGCCUGCGACUGGGCUCCCUAGACCCUGGAUGGCUACAGCGGUGCCACAGUGGAACCCCAGAUUUUCUGGGGGUUCCCAAGGCCUGCCAGCCUGUCCUGGGUGCAGAGGAGUCACAGCCUCUGACUUCAGGUGUUCCAUCUGCCCUCUACCCCAUCACCGUACCUGUACAAGGCCCAGAGGUUCCAGCCCUACAAGCAACUGGUGUCAGUGCGUUAAAACCCCAUAGUGGUAACAGUCAAGGCAAGAAGCGGAGACGGAGUAGGGAGCUGGAGGGAUGCCAUGCGCAGACUCAGCAGGACAAAGGUCAAGGGGAACCCCUGCCUGAGGGAGCUGGGGCUGCAGUGCAUGCAAAAGACUCUCCAGAGGAGCCUGUGAGGGCACAGCCCCCCAGCAACCCCACAGCCCCCAGGCCCACCGCGCGAGACAGGGGUAAUUACGUGCGACUCAACAUGAAGCAGAAACGCUAUGUGCGGGGCCCAGCCCUGCGGGGCAGGCUUCUCCGCAAGCAGACAUGGAGGCAGAAGUGGCAGAAGAAAGGGGAGUGUCUUGGGGGUGUUCAGCCCAGAGCCACAGCCAAGGACUCUUAUUUCCAGUGUGAGCAGCUCAGCCACUGGGCAUCCCACUGCCUUCAGUCAGAACCUACCCUGGCUCCUCAGGAGGGUGACACACAGACCCUGCCCACAUUGGAGGAAGUAUCCCAGAGCACUGGUGCUGACGACUGCCGACUCUCUGGCAGAGAAGACACAGAGCCUGCGGGGUCUGAGCUGCUGCUGCCUCUGGGGGAGUCUGUGCCCGAGGUGCCCUGUCCCCCUCCUUCCGUGCCCCCACUCUACCCACCAGGGCCCUCGGGGCAGGUGGCAGACACACCGGCUGAGGUGUUCCAGGCCCUGGGGCAGCUGGGGCACCAGGCCUUCCGCCCUGGGCAGGAGUGUGUGGUCAUGCGGAUCCUGUCUGGCAUGUCCACACUGCUGGUGCUGCCCACAGGCGCUGGCAAGUCCUUGUGCUACCAGCUGCCCGCGCUGCUCUACUCCCGGCGCAGUCCCUGCCUUGCACUCGUCAUCUCUCCCCUCAUGUCACUCAUGGAUGACCAGGUGUCCAGCCUGCCCCCAGGCCUGAAGGCAGCCUGCAUCCACUCCGGGAUGACCAGGAGGCAGCGGGACUCUGCACUGCAGAAGGUUCGAUCGGCCCAGGUCCAAGUACUGAUGCUUUCACCAGAGGCGCUGGCUGGGGCUGGGGCCGGGGGUGCUGUCUUCCUCACUCAGCUCCCCCCAGUUGCCUUCGCUUGCAUCGACGAGGCUCACUGCCUCUCUCAGUGGUCCCACAACUUCCGGCCCUGCUACCUGCGUGUCUGCAAGGUGUUGCGGGAACGCCUCGGUGUCAGCUGUUUCCUGGGUCUCACAGCCACAGCCACACGCAGCACCGCCCAUGACGUGGCCCAGCACCUGGGUGUGGCUGAGGAGUCUGUCCUCAGGGGCCCAGUCACCAUCCCAGCCAACCUGCAUCUCUCUGUGUCCACAGACAGGGACCCAGACCAGGCUCUGGUGACACUGCUGCAGAGUGACCGUUUUCGUGCCCUGGGUUCUGUCAUCAUCUACUGCAACAGGCGAGAGGACACGGAGCGUGUUGCUGCACUGCUGCGCACCUGCCUGCGUGAGGCCUGGGCCCUGGGCCCCGGAGGCCAAGCCUUGGAGUCUGUGGCUGAAGCCUACCAUGCCGGCAUGUGCAGCCGGGAACGGCGGCGGGUGCAGCGAGCCUUCAUGGAGGGCCGGCUGUGGGUGGUGGUGGCCACAGUGGCGUUCGGGAUGGGGCUGGACCGGCCGGACGUGCGGGCCGUGCUGCAUCUGGGUCUGCCCCCAAGCUUUGAGAACUAUGUGCAGGCUGUGGGCCGGGCCGGGCGUGACGGGCAGCCUGCACACUGCCACCUCUUCCUGCAGCCCCAGGGCGAGGAUCUCUGGGAGCUGCGAAGACACGUGCACGCCAACGCUGUCGACUUCCUCGCGGUGAAGAAGCUCGUGCAGUGCGUGUUUCCUCCCUGCGCCUGCACCCAGAGUCCCCCAGAGCAGGAGGGUGGUGAGAGCCAGGACGGCCACUCAACUAGUGCUCCUGUGGCCACAUGCCCCCAGGAUGCUGACCAACCCAGUCUCAAGCACAGAGCCCAGUGUCUGGGCCAUGAGCGGGCGCUCCCAGUACAGCCAAUGGUGCAGGCCCUGGAUAUCCCUGCUCUGCCCCCAGCCAUCGAGACCCUGCUCUGCUACCUGGAGCUGCACCCACAGCGCUGGCUGAAGCUACUGGCACCCACCUAUGCCCGCUGCCACCUGCGCUGCCCCGGGGGCCCCACACAGCUCCAGGCCCUGGCCCGCAGGUGUCCUCCCCUGGCUGUGUGCUUGGCCCAGCAGCCCCCCGAUAACACCGGUGGGGAGAGCAGUUCUGUGGAGUUUGACAUGGUCGAGCUGGUGGACUCAAUGGGCUGGGAACUGGCCCCUGUGCGGCGGGCUCUUAAGCAGCUGCGCUGGGACCCAGAGCGCAGGACAGGUGUGCCCGGUGUGCCUCAGGGCACAGGGGUGCUGGUGGAGUUCAGGGAGCUAGCCUUCCACCUGCACAGCCCCGGGGACCUGACAGCCCAGAAGAAGGACGAGAUCUGUGACUUCCUAUACAGCCGUGUGCAGGCUCGAGAGCGAGAUGCCCUGGCCAGUCUGCGCCGCACCUUCUGGGCUUUUCACAGCGUAGCCUUCCCCAGCUGUGGGCCGUGCCUGGAGCAGCCCAACGAGGACUGCAGCAGUCAGCUCAAGGCCCUGCUCAGCCGCUACUUCGAGGAUGAGGGCCCAGGGGACAUGGAGGAGGAGCAGGGUCCAGAGCCAGGACAGGCCCAGCUCCAGGACUGGGAGGAGCAGAUCCGCCGGGACAUCCGCCACCUCUUGUCCUCCUGGCCAGAGCAGCAGUUCUCGGGCAGGGCUGUGGCCCGGGUCUUCCACGGCAUCGGGAGCCCCCGCUAUCCGGCCCAGGUUUAUGGGCGGGACCGACGCUUCUGGAGAAAGUACCUACACCUGAGCUUCCAUGCCCUGAUGCACCUGGCCACAGAGGAGGUCCUGCUGUGGGGCCACUGACUGCCCUGUGCAGAAGGCCCUGUGCUCCCACAUCACAGACGACAUGGCCUGAGCAGGGCCUGCACAGCCAGUAUGGAGGGUGUCACAUGCAGCAGUUCAUCAAGGCAAAGAUGGGGUAUCAGUGACCAACCACCCUGGGCAAAACCCACCGCCAGGAGUGUGGGGACAAAGGGGGUACAGAAUAAAAGAUGCUCAAGUUGC